ACAGGGGGCGUUCAGAUUUGGGAUCAGGAAGAAAUCAAAGUGACAGAUCUUUUUAAUCCGAAUUAAACGGAUUGAGCUGGUGUGCGUACGGAUCUGGGGAGCUGAGAACAGAAACAGACCCCUCCGGUGUGCCUGCCCCAGUUGAGGGGUGUCCUACGGGGCUCAUCAUGGCACAGCAACGUGGGGUCAACAGCCUGCGCUUCAACCAAGAUCAGAGUUGCUUCUGCUGUGCUAUGGAGACUGGUGUUCGGAUCUAUAAUGUGGAACCGCUUAUGGAGAAAGGGCACCUUGAUCACGAACAGGUGGGCAGCGUGGGCUUGGUUGAAAUGCUACACCGAUCAAAUCUCCUAGCUAUCGUGGGUGGAGGGGGCAACCCCAAAUUCUCUGAGAUCUCAGUCUUGAUCUGGGACGAUGCCCGCGAAGGGAAGGAAGGCAAAGACAAGCUGGUGUUGGAGUUCACUUUCACCAAGCCGGCACUGGCUGUCCGCAUGAGGCAUGACAAGAUAAUCAUUGUACUGCGAAACCGGAUUUACGUCUAUUCGUUCCCAGACAACCCCACUAAGCUCUUUGAGUUUGAUACACGGGACAAUCCCAAAGGACUCUGUGAUCUCUGUCCCAGUUUGGAGAAGCAGCUCCUGGUUUUCCCUGGGCACAAAUGUGGGAGCUUGCAGCUCGUGGAUCUUUCCAGCACCAAACCCGGUACCUCCUCCGCCCCGUUCACCAUCAAUGCCCAUCAGAGCGAGAUUGCCUGCAUCUCUCUGAACCAACAGGGCACUGUCGUAGCCUCUGCCUCUAAGAAAGGGACCCUCAUUCGCCUUUUUGACACGCAGACCAAGGAGAAACUGGUGGAACUCCGGAGAGGAACCGACCCAGCGACCUUGUAUUGCAUUAACUUCAGCCACGACUCUUCAUUUCUCUGUGCCUCCAGCGACAAAGGAACUGUCCACAUCUUCGCCCUGAAAGACACCCGCUUAAAUCGCCGUUCAGCACUGGCACGUGUGGGAAAGGUCGGGCCCAUGAUAGGCCAGUACGUGGAUUCGCAGUGGAGCCUGGCCAGCUUCACUGUGCCGGCUGAGUCCGCCUGCAUCUGUGCUUUUGGCAGGAACACCUCCAAGAACGUCAAUUCGGUCAUUGCAAUUUGCGUGGAUGGCACUUUCCACAAAUACGUCUUCACCCCAGAUGGCAACUGCAACCGUGAGGCCUUUGAUGUCUAUCUGGAUAUAUGCGAUGACGAUGACUUUUGAGCUCAGUGAAGCCCGCCGUGAGGCAAGCAGAUGCCUGCUGGACUCAAGGACAGUUGGGGAGUGUUGCUUAGCCAUGGGCAUGCUGAGGACCCAAGUUGGGGAAAAGGACAAGGCAUGCUGGGAAACCUGCCAGGCUCUUGUGGCAUGGUGGGAUAGAUACCCGGUGAGCACCUUGAUUCUUCAUUUCUCUGAUGCUGCCACUCCAGGUGUGCUGUUUUAUUUGCUGCCUUUACCCGGCUCAUGUGGGACUAGUUGAGAAGGCCCAGAAGGUUGAGUUUUUGGAGAGAGCACUUCUCCGACCUGUGUUCAACCAGGAUUUUGGAAGCUCUGGAUGUCCCCAGCUCUUGACAGACAUUUUUUGCAGGGAGAAGGGGUAGAGCUAUCAUUAAAGUUAAGUGCAAAUGCU